AGAAAUUUCGAAGGAAAGAACUAAGGGAUAAAUAUUGGAUUACUGAGAGAAAUGAAAAUACUAGGUCAUACGGAAUUUCCGCAAAAGAAUGGAUUGCAACUCUUCACUCUGAAAAGUUACUUAGUCGAAUAUAUUUAUUCAUUUCAUCAUAA